CGAUUACGCGACGGAUGAUGGUCGUCGAAACUUGCCCUUCCUACAGCCCUUGUCUCCGUCACGAUUCAGCCCAUCAAACAAUAAAGCUCAUAUGUCGCCCUUCGCCAUGGCUGCGUGGCAUGCCAUGUGCCUCUUCACCUUUUUGACGAGUGGCCUGGUUGGUUGCCGAUAUUUUCUCGUCGUCUUUCUUUAAAUGAUUUUGGCAUCGAGGGUCGGUGGAUGCCGCCAGGAGGAAAGAUCAUCAUCGUCCUUGGGAUACUCUCACUCUUUCGGUCAGCCUGACAAGUGAAUGAUCCUGGUCUGGACGUGUCUUAGUCUUCCAGACUCGUUUUGUCAUGAUGAGUUCACCAAGCAACAAUGUCUUCAGUCAAGUCCGGUCAAAGCUCCGGCAGUCUCGCUCCAGCAUGAUGCUGUCAAGCUCGACACACUCUCAAUUCGAGCAAACCAAUUGGGAAAAUGUUCCGGUGGCAUUUCAGCCUGUCGAGAGGGCAGAGGUUCGAGUUGUACAUGGUUAUUACUUGGAUCGACCUCUUCCUGGACCCCCUCCACGUCCGCGAACAACAUCUCCUCCAGCUUUCGAGCAUCGACCGGCUGUGGAUAUCGGCAGUCUCAGAAAUCCUACACCUCGCACACAUCGCAGCAGGUCGGCUGAAAUAGCGCAAAGAGAGUGGUCAAGUUUUGAUGGGCGCGACUCGACCUUUCAAAACAAGAGGGCAAGUGUCAAUAUUGCCAUUGCCCUUCCACCGGACCAUCUCGAUCCUCCUCCGCCGUACUCUCGCUACCCUUCGCCGCCAUCCGCACGGCCUGAAUAUCCGGCCAGUCCGCAACCUCCGCGUGUUCGCGAACAGCCGUUCAUAAAACCAUAUAACCCAGUCGAUUAUGUCAGUCAGCCAAGCCAGGCUGCGAGACGAAUGCCUGAAGAGAUACCCAUGAUAGCUGCUCCAGAGCCGCCCACUCCGGUUUCCCCCAUCAAUGCUCUGGAUUUGCAGUACUUGGCUAUGAGGCGUCCGCCUGCCACCGACAGCAAUGUCACCAUCGAUGGUCUUCUGGGUCAUCCUAUGCUGCAACAGAGAUGAGCUUCCAGACUCCUUGCGUCCCAGCGAGUUUAAUUUGCCAUGGCGGCGGAGACUUUCGGUUGUUGGAGAGGUUGGUCGAUGCUAGUUUCCACCGAAAACGCAGACUCUGGUCGAGCCCGCAGCGGUAAAGGAUAUUCACGCAGACAUGUGUGCUCGGACCAUGGCCGAUCCAGGUGCCAGAUCCCCGGUCCCCGCGUGCAUGCCUUGGGAAGGUGGGAGGAGGAACUACUAUUGCCUGCCACCUGAAUCGCGGUCUGUUGGAAUGCAACGCGCAAGGAGACACCCCUUCGCAUCGCGACCGUGGGAUGCGUUACAAGGAAUCAUUGCUUUAUAUGGUGCCCUUCGCCACAGGCAAGUUUGAUUUCAAUCACUACUUUCACUCAUUUCUUUUUCUUCCAACCCUCCUUUGCUUUGCACGUGUUCCUUUCCGUAGCCGCUUCUGUCCCGGCAAGACGUUCUUUCCACAAUCGCGUAAAAGAGAUUCACUCAUUAGCUAUCUUCAAUGGCGCCGAUCUCUUCUAGCGGCGCAAAUGCCGAUGGCAAUACCUUUUCACCCCGGCGGCUUGUCUCACGCGCCCUACCUUCCGAGUCCCUCAUCGCUGCAAUUAUUGUCCUCUCGGUGAUCUCGACGCUUCUAUUCGGCAGUAUGGUCUUCCUGUUAGGCAGAAUCUGGAAACAAGUGAGGGCCAAGGGAGCCAGUACACAUGCAUCCGACGCACCCAAGAGUCAAAGCGGAAUCUCCGAGCGCAAGCAGAGUGACUGGGCCCGGAAGAAUAGCAACGUGCUCUGGUCCAUGUAUAUUGAAGAGGACGAUCUGAAAGCUCAAUUCGCUGUGUCGCCAAAGUCCAGGCUGUUCUCCAUCGGAUCCGUCUCCACCGUUGAUCAGGGAACAUGUCCCCUGGAGCGACGACAUUCACAUGGCAAUCCACCGGGCCAGCACAAGAUUGCGGACGACAAGAUCCCCAAGACAGAGGGGUCAACUGCCGACCUACGCAGUCGAACUCCAUUCGAGCAUCAGACAACACCAACCAAGAACGUCCCUCGCGCGCGAGCCCUAUCUCAGCCUUGCCACCACAAAUACAGCAGUUCCAUCGAGGAGCUGGCGAAGUGAAAACAAAGUGUACCCGCGCGGAUCGAUGAAGAGCUUUUCGGGGGCUACGAGUUCUAUGGAAGCCCCUGAGUGCAAGAGUGGGAAGGUUUCUGCUAGGAUCUGGACGCAACGGUUGACGAGAGGCUGCCUCGGGACUAUCUCUCAUUUACGAUCCUUACCACUUCGAUAUCGC